GCGUCAGUGUGGGCCCGGUAAGGAUCCGACGGUGGCGGGCCGCGCUACGGUGGCGCCCUCGUCGCCGGCGCUGUCGGAUGCAGGAUCGGUAGGCGCGCGGAUCUGGACCGUCCGAUGCGGGGGUGCGCAGCGACAAAAAGAAGAUGAGGCGAGGCGGGCGCCUAGAAAGGGAACCCGACGGGGAGGGAAACGGCCAGACGACGCUCAGACCAAAGAGCGAGAAGGGGGCAAGCGGCACGCUGCCGGAAAAGAGAGGCUGGCGUGGUGAAGGGCAGGGCGGAGCCUUGCACCGCAGAAGAGAAGCGAGGGGAGCGCCAAGCAGUAGUAGAAAGAGAGAUAGGGAGGAAGAGCGACGAGAGCCGAGGAGCUCUCCUCCGCCUAAUCCUUGGCCGCGCUGCUAGAUUCGCCAGAAUUACCGAGGCGCUGCACCCCGGAUCUACAGGGCGGCGGCGGCGCUCGUCGGAAUCCGGCGAGGCGGCGGUGAUUUGCCGGGGAUCGGCGCCGCAUGUCUCAGAUCUGAGAUGGACAGGAUCCGGGACGGCAGGAGGAGCGGGGUGUCCGGCGGAGCCGGGCCGCCGCCUCCGAGAAGGCGCCUCAGGAGCAACGGCGGAGGGGGCCCCAGAGACUCGCCGCGCUCCGAGCGCCGACGUGGCGAGCGCCUCAUGCUCAACGGCGGCGGCGCCGGCGCCGGGAGGGACGACGCCGACGACACCUCCGACGACAGCCUCGGCGACGACGACGAAGACGCCGAGGAGGAGCUCGCGCCGCGGUACCAGCAGCAGCGGCGGUCGCCGAGCACGGCGCCGCCACCGCCCUCGCCGCCGCAGCCCGGCGGUGGCCACCACCACAGCAGUAGUAGCAGCGGCGGCGGCGGUUACCACAACCACCACCACGGCCAGCAGCAUCAGAUACAGCGGAAGGGCGGCGUCUCACAUCCGAAAAGCCCCAUGGUGGUCAAGGCUGUUGACGAGAUGAUCGGCGUGCCUGUCCCGAGGAAAGCCCGCUCUGCUUCUACGAAACGCUCUUCGCACGAGUGGCCUGUCCCCGGCGGUGGAACCAGUGGAGGCAGCUCCGGCGUAGGAGAUGGCUCGCAGAUCCAACGACCUUCGUCACGGCCGAUCUCUCCGGCGCCUGCCUCUACUGCCGCUCCUCGGAAGAAGCUUAAAACAUUGGGUGGCGGUGUGAGCAGCGGUGGUCUGGGACCAGCGCCGAAGCAGCGACCGUCGAUGUCCCCAGCGCCUUCAACAACCCCGCCACAACCGCCGCCGUCGAAGAUUUCGAAGUCUCCAUCUUUUAUCCAAGAGGAGAUUGAGGUCGCUGAGGUGCUGUUCGGGCUCACCAGGCAGUUCCCAUGCCCGCAAAAGCAGGAGAGCAACCACAAACUCGAGCCUAGGGACGCGCCCGAGGCCAAGUCUGGGAACUCUUCGCCGGCCCCCUCGUCUUCUGGCGUCCGACCGUCGGAUUCCACCUCCCUUUCCACCAUAGCUCCAAAGAGGAAGAGACCACGGCUGGUAAAUUACGACGAAGAUAGCCGUCCGGCGAGACCAGAGUUGGCAGAGCCGUCAUCAAACCCGGAGUCACCUCCUGUGGCAAGAUCAGAAGCGAAGACAACAGCAACAUCGGCAGCAGCAGAAAGCGGCACCAGCACCACCCCUGCGGCUGCCCAACCUGAGACUUCACGAGAGUCAGAGAAGGCGGAGGACCGUGGUAGAAACAGAGACUCAGAGCUCCGGCCCAACGAAUCAGAUCGGCGAGAUCACAGGUUGGAGAGCCAGGCUGUGCCGCCGUCGCCGUUGCCGUUGCCGUUGCCAGAGCCUCCAGUCAAGCCGGAUGCUGAAGCAAAGCCGGUGGGCUCCGAGGCCAGGAACGGCGAAGCUACUGCCACGACAAAGAUUGAGCUGGCAUCGGAUGGCGCUCGGCAUGACAAGAGGUUUUCCAUUGAUCUCAUGGCUCCCCCUCCUGGGAAGCUAUCUGAUGAUAUAGAUGGCUCCUCCGACCCUGAUGCAGAUAAGAAGGGAUUGGAUUCUGAGAUGGACAUGUUGGGGAGAGGAAAUUCGGAAAAGAAGGCUAGUGAAAGGACUCGGAGAGGACUGGAUAUUGAUUUGGAGGACCAGAAGGUGCGAAGAAUUCCAGUCGAUGAGUUCGCGCCGAAGAAGCUCACACUGCAGUUGGAUUUGGAGAAGCCCAGUCUCGGUGAUGAAAAGUCGCCAUCAGAGAGACGGCAGCCGCAGCCGCAGCCACAACAAUUGCAGCAGCAGAAGCCCUCAAAGGCUGAGAUAAAGCACGAGAAAUCUGCUAUGCCUGCUGCUGUUACACCACCUAUGCCUAUACCUGUUGGAGGCUGGCUUGGGAAUUUCCCACCGUUUGGUUAUCUCAGUCCAGUCCCAGGCCUAUCAGCAGCUGGUCUUCAUCAUCCCAUGGACGUGAAACCAGGGUCAUCUAGUGGAUUACAUCAUUCUGCAUUGCUUCCACCGCCAACACGCUCAAAGAGAUGUGCUACACAUUGCUACAUUGCACAAUUUAUCCAGCACCAGCAGCGAGUUGCAAAGAUGAACUCUUUCUGGCCGCCAACUGCUGCUGCUGCAGCCGCCGCCGCCGCCAAUAGACCACCGGGGCCAUUCUUUGGUGCAAGGCCAUUCAGCAUGGGUGUUGUGCCACCCACGGAUGCCGCCUCUAUGCUUGUGAACCCAAUGCAGGGAAGCUACCCUGUUAGGGCGCACACUCCGAUGCAAGAAGCAAAGGCUCCUAUGGCUACAUCACCAUUCCAGGGGAGUCUCUCGAAGGACAAAACACUAGGCAAUGCUGCUGGUGCUGAAUCAAGCCAGAGGAAACAACCACCUUCUCAUGAAACACUGCAGUCCACUCCCUUGCCAAACAUGCUGCAAGCCCCGGCAUUCAUCUUUCCAUUCAAUCAGCAGCAUGCUAUGGUGGCAGCUGCAAAUGCUGCCAACCGAGCAGGGGAUGCAAAAUCAUCUGGUGCCGGCAAUACAUUGCCGCCAUCUGCCAGUGCUCACACUUUGGCAACAAACUCUGGUGCCGCGGCCAUGAACUUGAGCUUUGCCAACAUGCAACCGGCUGAUGCCCAGUUUUUGGCAAUCUUACAGAAUGGAUACCCGUUCCAGGUUGCUGCCCAUCCUGGAGGGCCUCCAUAUCGAGGCAUGGCAUCGCCAGGCCCAGCUGUUCCAUUCUUCAAUGGUCAUGUGUAUUCCUCCCCCAUGCUGCACCCAUCACAGCAGCAAGGUGCGCAGUCACAAAGUCAUCAGAAGACCCAAAUGCCAAACUUGCCCAGUUCAUCACAGAAGCAUCAGCCACAACAGUCCCAAGGCCUGUUGGGAUACGCACCAAAUACUAAUGCAGCAGCAGCUGCUAGUAAUUCACAGAAUUAUUCAAGUGGCAAUCAGCGCCCUGUCCUGCUACCUGGCCUUGUGCACCGACAGGAGAGUGACAAAACUGGACAAGAUUGUCCAUCUAGUGAUGACAAGCCAUCUCACUCCCAGAAGAGUGGGUAUGAACACAAUUUUGCCGUUCCAGUCCAUCUACCGAAUUUUGCAAUGAUGCCAGCCGCUCAACCUGCUGUCAGUCAGAGUGAGAAGAAGUUAAGUGACCACCAGCACCACCAGCAACAGCAGCAGCCACAAGUCAGCCGAGGCCAGGGUGUGAGGAUUGAUCUUGCCUCUUCUCAGCCUUUUGUGAUGCCCUUUGGCUCCAUUGGUCCUCCUGGAUCUACCCCAAGUGGUCUUGACUUUUCGGCAUUGGCGCAGAACCAUGCAGUUUUCCAGAGCCAUCAAGAUGCAGCAAGGCAUGGUUAUCCCCAGCUUAAUUUUGCUGCAGCUCAACCUGUGCAAUCCACGCAGCAGAAGCCCCAGCACCAAAUGACUGGAGAAACAAAAACUGUUGCGGGGGAUUCAUCCUCGACUCCCAUUGCUGGAGACAGUGAGAGAAAGAAAUCAACUUCUCACAAGUAUUCUAGUGAUUCACAACAGCAUUCGCUGUCCUUCACCAGGACGGAAAGCAAGAAUUAUGUGCCUCCUUUCCUUACUGGCAACACAAAUGAAACUUCGUCCCGCACCCUGAGCCUUAUCGGAACAGAAUCUUCAAAUGCAUUCAUGGGAAGCAAACCCACAAAUUCCAACACCCCUGCCUCUACCGCCGCUGCAGCUUCGGCCAGCAUUUCUCAGCAGCAGCAGCAGCACCUUCAGAUGCAAGCGCAACAAAAGCACCAGCAGCAUCAGCAGCUAAUUCAGCAUCACCAUCUGAAUCGGCCCAGAUCUGCUGCACCAAGUACACAGAACAGUGCAGGUGGGUACCAAGACCGUAUAAACAUGGCUAAUUUUCAGAAUAUGAUGUACCCAUCAAGUGCUGCCCAAGGGAGAGUUCAAUCCCCCCAGUUGAAGGCAUCCUCAGGGAGAGGGACACCUUCAUCUACUGCUACGACUACCCCUGCCGCCACACCCCCUAAUUUGAUUAUGAUGAAGAACAGUAGCCUCCACCAGCAACAAGCAAAAGUCCCUAUGCAGGCUCUCUACACUCCUGGUCACCAAUCACAGACUUCCUUAAGUUCAUCAAAGGUAGGACCUUCUCUAACAAACCUUUCUACCGGAGGAGGGGAUCUAUCUCGAUCUUCAAACGCCCCUGUUGCUUCUGGUUCACCAUCCAAUUCGGUGUCCAAAAGUACCGGUGGCAGCCCACCCGCCACAGGAAAUGCAAAGGGUGUUCAGCAGCCUGUCCAACUGCCAUCACCACAGCAGCAGUCAGCCAAGAACUCCGCGUCGACGUCUGGCUCCAGGACUACUCCCACGAAUCAUUUCAGUAUGGCCAUGCCAUCCAUCCUUGGCCAGCAGCCUAAUGCAUCGCCUGGUUCCAAUCCUGGGAGCAAGCAGCACUCACAUACGCAGCCAGCAUCGAUGAAACAGCAGCCAUUCCCGCAAGGCCAUUUCUUCAUAUCCAACACCUACGCUCCUCCGGCUCCGGGAGCCGGAGGUGCUGCUGCCCUAGGCCUCUACCAGAAGCGACCAGGCGACAAGACGCAGCAGCAGCAGCAGCAGCAGGCAUCGCACCAGCAGAGCGCCAUGUCAGCUGCCGGCGGCAAUAACGUGAAAGCACUCCAUCCUUCAUCCGGCGGGUUUAUGCAUCUCGCAGCCCAGUCUGCAGGUGGCAUGGCGCACACCCACGUGUCGGCGGGGCAACUGACUUUCGGAACAAUGCCGACGCCUUUAAAACCGUCAAGCGACCAGAAGCCUGCUGCCGGAAAAUAAACAGUCCAGACGACCAUGCAUCGGAGUGGUAAACCUGAACUGGUUUUUGCCUGUUCAGCGGAAGCCCAAAUGGCAGAAUCGCAACAACAGUAGCAGCGGCAGCUCAAAAGAACCCGCAUGGAAGCUCAAAUGGCCCGCUUGGUUGCUGGUGAUGAGGAAGGAAGGAGGGGUGCCGUGCACCAGUUCGUUCCGAGCAAGAAGCAGAUGUCUCGUUAACUUAAAACAGAGUAUUCAGAUUCCGGAAUGGUUGAUGGGGGAGUGGUACUUCUUUUGUGUAGUUGGGGCUGGUUAUCCUCCCAUGGUGUAAAGGCCGCGGAGGAGGAGGUGCAUAGAAUUUGUCUCUUAGCCCGUUUUUUAUUUUAUGCAUGGAUGGAUGGCCCAAAAGCUGGUUUCUCCCCCUCUCUCUUUCUUGUAGCUUUGCUGUUUCCGUUUUCCCCCCUUUCUUUCUUUUGGGUGGUUCUAAGCUUUAACUAACUGGAGGAAGAAAGAUUCAGUUAGAACGCAGAUCAGGUGACUUCGUUA